GUCGAUGGAGAGCUUGGCUUCGGUCUUGGACGAGGCGAUCGAUGGGCAUACUUAUCAUGCGCCGACGAGGUUUUUGGCGUUACCUAAAGAUGGCAAGAUGUUGGAAUACUGGAUGACCCUCGACUACUUUCCCAUCCGCGAACAGAACGGUUCGAUCGCGGGAGUGACCUGUAUCCUCGCCGACCAGACCGAACAGGUCAUCAACGCCCGUCGCAUUCGAUCCUUGCACGAACUCAUCGUCCAAGUCAACGGAUCUCAAACCACAACCGAGGUCUGCAAGGCGGCAGCCGCGGCCAUGUGUACCAACUCUCGGGACGUCUCCAGCGCGUACGUGUACAUGGUCGAGGUUCCCAUCCCCGGGCUCGAGGCCGAGGGGGUUCAACCCGGGUCGCCCUCGUUGGAUCUGAUGAGCAAUCAGGGCAAGGUAUUACCCUUGCUCGAGGCGGCUCAGUCUAUCCCCCUGCUCGAGGUCGAAGAUGGGUAUUGGCAGUGCGCGACCAAGGACGGAUCGAGGUCGAGCUUUCACGAUCAGGUGGACGAGGUGUUGAGGACGAUGAUGGCGAGUCAUCUGCCCGAAGGGUUCGUAGAGGCUAGGAACAAGGCGCAGGGGGAUGGAGUGGUGGACGCGGUCGUACCGCCAAUGGUCAUCAUUCCUCUGAGUCGAGGUGACAAUAGGCUCGGGCUGGUCUUGCUCGUCCUCGAGCUGAACCCCAUGCUCCCUUACGAUCAAGCCUACACCGAAUACAUUGACACGAUGGGCAACGCCUUGAGCGCCCGACUCGCCGCCAUCCAGUCCGAGGCGGAGCGAUUGCAAGCGUUACAAGCCAGCGCCGAGAGAAAGGCCAGGGAAGGACUCUUGCUACAGCGGACCUCGGACGCCGAGCAUCUGCAGCAGCGACAGGAAUACUUUAUCGACAUGAUCUCGCACGAGCUCCGGAACCCGCUUGGUGCCAUCGAUCUAACGCUGGACAACGUGCCUCAAAGGUUGAGGGAGCUUGUUCUCUACUCUCCGCACACGGCUGAACCGCUCAGGGAGAUUGUACACGAUAUCGAGUGUCUAAAUAUCAGUUGCGCACACAUGCGUCGUCUCAUCGACGACGUGUUGUCACUCUCAAAGCUCGACAGUGACCUCUUGCAAAUAUCACCUCGCCUUUGUCAACCCGUGCAAUGCAUACGCGAGGUCCUCUUGACCUUCCGGGCCGAAUUUGCCGUCGAGGGUAUACAGUGUAACCUGUCACUCGGUCAAGAAUACGAAUCGCUCGAGAUCGACGAGGCUGUGCUCGACCCUGCCCGAACGCAGCAGAUCAUCAUCAACCUCUUGAGCAAUGCCAUCAAAUAUACUGGGGCUAGCGAGUCGCCACGGAUAGACAUCGUCCUCGACGCCAGUCUCGAAGCGCCGAGUUGGAACCUGGAACACGGCUCUUGCAAGUCGCUCGAACAUCUCGAGCAGGAUGGCUAUCGACGGCUCUUCCUGAGCAUCAGCGUCACCGAUACUGGACCCGGAAUGGAAUCUUCAGCGCUGGGCCGGCUCUUCCAGCGGUUUACGCAGAUCGAGCCGGUCUUUUCAAUCAAGGCCGGCGGCUCAGGUUUGGGCCUGUUCAUCUGCAAACGUCUAACGACCUUGAUGGGAGGGGCCAUCUGUGCCGAGUCUGAGCCUGGAAAGGGGUCGACGUUCAAAUUUUUCAUCGAAUGCCGACAGCCGCUCAAACUCAGUAUUUCAGAUGCCGCACAGCCGGAUGUCUCGCUCAUAGAGAGUGAACUCCCGCGGAGGAUCGGUUUGACGCCUCAGCCCAUGAAAGUAGAAGAGAAUGCACCAGCUCCAGAGACGCUGCCCAAGUUCGUCUUGGUCGUCGAGGAUAACAAGAUCAAUCAGCGGCUGGUCGUCAAGCAGCUAAAGAGGGCGGGUUAUAUCGUCACCACGGCGGAUGACGGUGUACAGGCGAUCGAGCAGGUCAACAAGUCGAUAUGGGUCGAUCCCAACGGAGUCACGCUCGACUGCAUCUUAAUGGAUGUCGAGAUGCCGAACAAGGACGGACUAGAUAGUACACGAGAGCUACGCGCCAUGCACAAGGCCGGCAUAAUGAAGGGCUGGGCACCGAUCAUAGGAGUGUCGGCAAACGUCCGUGCAGGACAGGUCGCCAAGAUGAUGGAGGCCGGUAUGGACGGCUUUGUCGGCAAGCCCUUCAAGAUUGCCGAGAUCAUCGACAAGAUGAUCGAGCUCGCACCCAAAAAGAUCAUCACGACACCGUGGUAGAACAAGAAGAUCAUUAGAUCGAAUAAUGACGUUAUCGAACGCUUCGAUUCCUCCCAUCCUACUGUAUCCCAAUAUUCUCUCCGUUACAUGUAGAGCUUUUGAAGACCUCGUAUAUAGAACAGCGCACCGUACGUGGAGCCAGGCCGCCUGAUUAAUACCGCAUUGAGAACCUCAUUAUAUCGCCAACAGCCCGAGAGAUAGCGAACACCCGAUCAUGACAGCGGUCAACAGUUUCUCUAUGCCUGUCCCGGCCAGACCUCGUCGGCGAUGGCCCGGACGAGCUUGAGCUUGUUGAUCAUGUCUUCUCGAGUCAACGAGUUGCCCUGCGGAGGAUGAAGAUUGAAAGCGUCGGCAAUAAUAAACGCGGACCGCUCUCGAGAGAUGCAAGCCGGGCCCGUAGCUCACCUCUGCAUGACUGGCGAACCCG